CGAGGCCGGUGUGUACUACAAGAAGCUCGCCUCGCUCCCUGGCCAGGGGUGGAAAGAGUCACAGGCCGGCUUAUUACCGCAUUCAUUCAAGCAGCGCCGAAGACGGGCCGCCGGCCAGGGCAAGCCCGAGGCUUUUCUCAAAGCGCUCCCACAAGAGCCGCCGCCGCCGCCGCCCCGUCUGGGGUAGGUUGGGAAGUUUGCUGGGCGGGGCUCCGAGUCGGGCUCCUAUGGAAGCGGCGUCCGGGGAAUCUCACUUCCCAGCGUGGCUCGAGCUGCUUCGCAAGAGUGAUUUUUCCAAGAAAACUAGAAGAGAAGAAGAGAAGAUGCAAGCUAAGCUGAAAGUUUAUGAGAUACCUGUCCAUACAGCCCUAUGAAAUGACUGGAAAUGUAGCCCUCUGAUGGGCCAUGAACCUAAAACAAGUCUAUGUUUCUGUACUGAUGUUUGGAGUAGCAGGUCUACUCCUUUUCAUGUAUCUGCAAGCCUGGAUUGAUGAACAAUGUGCAGAGUCUGAAGAAAAUUUAAAACAGCAGAUCAGUAAUCAGGACAUCAAAUUCUGUUAUACAGAGGAACCCAAAAGGGCACCAGAAUUUUUGAUCACUUCUCAGAAGCUUGACAGAUCAAGUACAGUCCUUACUAAGACUGUGUCUUCCCAGGCAAAUGCUAACCCCUUUCUAGGGAUAGCUGCCUCCCUAACUCCUGAAUUAUUUGAAGAGCAGCAAAAGAUCAAAUUGCUUCUUAAACAGUUCAAGCAAGUGAAUUUAUCCCCAGCAAUGCGCCCAUUGAAUAAGAGUUUAAUUAAAGAUGACCGCUGGAAAGCCACAGAUGAAGUUCAGGAGAAACGAAGGGCUUUCCUUUAUAAUUUCUGCAAAAAACAUAUUAAAGAAAGCAGACCCCUGAUUCACCUCAUGCGCAUGGUAUCCAGAAUAUACGUGGAAGAUAAACACAAACUCUUGUAUUGUGAAGUGCCUAAGGCAGGCUGUUCUAACUGGAAAAGAGUUUUGAUAGUACUCAAUGGUCAUGCCAGAUCAACUUAUAAUAUUACCCACAAUACUGUGCACUAUGGAAAGCAUUUGAAGAAACUAGACAGUUAUGAUUUAAAAGGGAUACACAUGCGAUUAAAGACAUACACCAAAGUUAUAUUUGUACGGGAUCCCAUGGAAAGAUUAGUAUCUGCAUUUAGAGAUAAGUUUGAACACCCAAACAGCUACUACCACCCUGUAUUUGGGAAGUCAAUUAUUAAGAAAUAUAGACAUAACGCAGAUGGAGAAGCAUUGACAACAGGCUCAGGAGUACAGUUCAAAGAGUUCAUUCAAUAUUUGUUAGAUUCCCAUCGUCCAAUAGGGAUGGACAUACAUUGGGAACAGAUCAGCAAAUUGUGUCACCCUUGUAUUAUUAGCUAUGAUUACAUUGGUAAAUUUGAAACUUUAGAGGAAGAUGCCAAUUAUUUUUUGAGACUAAUAGGGGCUCCAGAAGACUUGACAUUUCCUAAUUUCAAAGAUCGACAUUCCACCGAUGAAAGAACAAAUUCAGAAGUUGUGAGACAGUACCUUGCAGAGAUCCCUGAUACAGAGAGACAGCUGACUUAUGACUUCUAUUCCUUGGAUUAUUUAAUGUUUAACUAUAGUGUACCAUAUGUAGAACCCUGAUUUUGUUUAGGUUACUGCGCACACAGUUUUACUUUGCCAACUCUGAAUGAAAGAAACACAGCUGAUUGCAGUAGUGUUCAUAAAUCCCAAUUGGCAUAAAUUAUAGGAAUAACACAGGAAAGGUCUGGGAGGGAAAACAUUUCUAUAUUGAACAGCUUUAAAAGGUGCAAUGUUAGAGACCUAACCUUUAUGACAUUAAAUACAGCAAUCUCAUAAUGAUUGAAAAACCUCCCAAAUAGCUUGGUUUGAUUGUAUCUCUUCAGAAAUUACCUGUGAUGAAUGUUUUUUGUAUAUUCUGGGACUACCAAUCAAAAGCCAGCUUUCAAAAAUGGCUUAAUAUACUGUAUAUUAAUGACUCACAUGACAUCAGGAUGGGUGGGAUUGGUUCCACGAGUAAUGAUAAUCCCUCCAAUCCCACUGCAUGUAUUUACUGCAAUCUGGCUGCACAGACCAAAAUUUAUUACAAAAGCAAUACACCAACCAUUUAAGCACAGGGUACCCAUAGUACCUUAAUCUAGGCCUCCUGCCAUGCUCCCAAUACCUAACUGAUGCUACUGCUAGCUUUCUAACAAAAUGUGCAAAUGGUUUUGGGAGAAAUAAGCAACAGGAUGAUUCCAGCAAUUUCCCCUAAUUGAGAUAUAGGCAAAGAAGGACCAAGCAAAGAAGAAUCUUGAUCUUCCCAAAUCAUAGCAAGUACCCCACCAUAGAUACAUAUAUAUCUAUCUCCAGACCUCUCCAAGAGAAAGUUUCUAACACUCUCCAUGCAAAAAAAUAAGACUCCACUCCUCAGUAAAAACAAAGGAUUUCUUUUUAGGCUUACACAUCCCUGAAAUGUUGCAUUUUUAAUUAUCCUCACAUUUUACAGCUCCAACAUCCCUUCUCUUAUUCUAUGUGAAAAGGUAUACAAAGUUUACCCCUCAGCCCCAAUUUUUGAAGUUGGUUUGGAUUUAUCCUGUUACUCUAACUUCACAGUUGGCCUUCUGAUUCUGUGCUCCACUGACCUGGUCAGUUUCAUCCCCUGAUACUGCUUUGUCAACCACUGAGGACACCCCCACUUCUCUCCAGGAUCAGGUUCAUAUACUGUAUCUUUAUUUUGUAAAUUUAAUCCCCUGUAGGCAGGCAGUUUCUCCAGGGAACACCUUUUAUGUGUUAUUGUUUUGUCCCCCCCUUUCUGUAAUUUUCAUUGCUACUUUACCAUAUUUUUUCCCCUGCUUAUAAAAUAAAAAACCCUUUUAAAGUUU